AUGGCAAUGGCAUUGGAGGGCAACGCCCGGGGGUUUGCGGUGCACCCCAUGAGAGGCCUUAAUUACGAUAAAGUGUAUGAAUAUCUCGGCGUAACCAACGCUACCCAUAAAGUGGAGGCUAUGCUAGCGAUCGGCAAACAGCCGGCGAAAAGUGCCCGUAAAAUGUCUGAACCCGUCUCUCAACGCAAUCCAAUCGAUAAGUUUGUCUCCGAAAAAAAUUUUCUGAAAGUAUUGGCCGGCGAUGAAAGUAUGAAAAAGGCCGGUAAGAAAGUGCUGGAAAGUGGACCAAACGAUCACGUGUUUAUAUUUUUCGAUGACCAUGGUGCUCCCGAUUUGGUCGCCUUCCCCGACAAGUAUUUAUACGCCAAACCCCUAAUAAAAACGCUGAAACAAAUGCACCAGGAUAAGAAUUACGGAAAAUUAGUGUUCUACAUUGAGGCAUGCGAAUCAGGCUCCAAGAAGUCAUCGAUGUCUUUAGCUGAUGCUGAGCUGACCCGUACUAUCAAUAACAAGGACUUCCCGCUAGUGAUGGCUCAACAAAGCGGUGAUUACCACAAGUUGUCUGAAUUGUCGACCGGAAGACAAUUCCUGGACACUGUGUUCGAGGAAUACGUGAAUAGUAUUCAACACUUAAUGAACGCAAACAAUGAUGUCUUCAAUACUAGACUAGAGCUCAAUAACAGAGAGUGUUAUCACAACUUUGUCGACACUUUCAACGACCAGUGCCUCAGUAUAACUCAACAUACCUACUCUCUGAACAAAUUAUACACAUUUGUUAACAUUUGCGAACAAUUGGAUGACUCGAGCGCUACCCAAGCCCUCAACCAUUUGGUUCAGUACUGCCAACAAAAUCUGCCCAAUGGUUACUCGACUAAUAUUUUGUAAAUGUAAAAUACCAGUCAAUUAAUG